AAUGUUGUCCCGAUAGACUCUAACUAACUUCGAUAUUACAAGAUAGGCAAAUGUGGUACACACAAAAAAAAAAAAAAAAGGUUUGAACGCAAAAAAAUUUCCUACCCCACUGAAUGAUGCUGGGAAGUUUCCCUAAUAAGAAAAAAGAAAAGAAAAGGUUAGCAAGUGAUUUGUGUAAUUGAGAAGAUGACGGAUUGGGGACCUGUUUUUGUGGGAGUGGUGCUAUUCAUUUUGCUAUCACCGGGGCUGCUAUUUCAGAUUCCAGGAAAAUCCCGUUUUGUUGAGUUUAGCAACUUUCAAACUAGUGGACCAUCCAUUCUGGUGCAUUCAAUUCUCUACUUUGCUUUCAUUUGCAUUUUCUUGUUAGCUAUUAAGGUGGAGGUUUACAUUGACUCUUAAUUUUCUUAUUGUCUGUUCUAGAUACUGAUGAUUAUUCUCAAAUUCGUAUGUUUUGUGAAUUGGUGUUGUAUCCUUCAUGAAGUUGUAUGCUGAAGUUUUAUCUUUAUUGCUUUAUUUCCUUUAGAAAAAUAUUAAUAUUUAAGAUUUAUGUACCUAUGUGAACAUAAAGUAUCAUGAAAAGAUUUGGACUAAGAAUCGAAUUGCAUUUUACCCUUUUUUUUCAAGAAAAA